AUGGCGGCGGGGGUUGUGGAGGAGGGCGUUGAGGAGGGCCAUGGAGUGGGUCAUGUCGUGGCGGAGGAGCUCGUCGUCGUCGCCGCCGCCGCCGCAGAGGCGGCGGAGGACGGCGGCGACGGGGAGGGCGUCGAGCGGCGCGCCGGCGAGGAGGGAGGCGUCGAGCAGGGCCACGGCCUCCCGGAGAUGGCCGGAGUUGCAAAGAUUGGGGAGGAGGCGGUUGACCUGGGCUAUCUCCUCCGGCGUCAGAUAUUGAGGAGGAGGAGAUGGUGGCGUGUCAGCGCCGCCGGUGGAUGCCGGCGGGGAAGUGAGAGAGGAGGAGGCCGCGCCGCCGAGAUGGCUGGAGUUGCAGAGCCGCUCCUCCGGAUUCAGCUUUGCCCAUGGCCGGCGAGGAGGAGGCGGUGGUGGGUCAGCCCCGCUGGUGGAUACCGGUGGGGAACUGAGCGAGGAGGAGGAGGAGGCGCCGCCGUGGAGAUGGCCGGAGUUGCAGAGAGGCUCCUCCGGGUUCAGCUUUGCCCAUGGCCGGCGAGGAGGUGCAGGAUGAGGAUCUGGUGGUGGGGGGUCAGCGCCGCCGCCGGAGCUGCAGACUCGGCGGAGAGCUGUAAGAGGAGGACUAACAGAGGGGGAGGCGGGGCUGCCGGUGGCAGCGGCGGAGGCCGGAGGACGAAGACGAAGAAAGGCCCGCAUUGGUUCCCUUCGUCGGUCUGGUCUAAUCGGGGUGGUAUAUAACAGGCCGCUGGGUCGACCGAAUCGAUCCAUCCCGUUGACUCUAGAACUGUGCAAAGAUGAUAUAUAUAUAUAUAUAUAUAUAUAGAUCGUACUAUCAAUGUAAUGGAUUGCUAUCAGCUUCUCUAAAUCUUUUGAUCGAUGAAUGCAUCUCAGGUCGGAGCUGAAACUGAGACUGAGCUGAAGGAGGAGGAGAAGCUGAGAGUUGAGGAUGCUCUCAAUGCAACAAACGUAUAUGAACUCAGUUGGUUUUGAUCUAUUGGUCCCUGUGGCCUGCUAUUGAGUGACCAAUCCAUCCCAUUUCCCUCGUCAAGAGGGCUCUUAGCUACCCCUUGAAAUUGAUUGCUAAGAACGUGGAAGUCAACGGAAGUGUGGUCACUGAGAAGGUCUCUGAUGACCAUGAGUACCUAAAGACAUUCUCGAAACUUGAUGAGUUCAAGCUGAAUCAUCUUUACUGUUUUGGCUUAUGAGAGAUAUUUUCUCUAAUAAAUGGCUUGCUUAACUACAUAGUUUUCCUUGCUUAAGCUAGAACUUUAUUUACCUGCAGAGGUGUUCAUUUUCCUUGGAAAUUAGGUGGUGUGGUAUCAAAAUCAUAGUUUGGGUGCCAAACUAGAUUAAUAUGAAGUAUUUCUGUUCUAUCAAUGCAUGCUUCAUAGUUUAGUCUUGGUUUUCCUUGAGGAUUAAAAUUAUGGGGGAUGGAAUCAAAAUUAGGUUGCAAAAGUACUAGAUUUUCUUUGAAACCAUUUGAUCAGUGCAGGUUGUGAGGUGUUGCUUGGAGCUUGCAGCUUCUGUUGGGAAGACCUUCCUACCUUCAGAUGUUGUUGUCGUUGACAUCAAGGAGCCCGGGCCUGUGCCCGUUGACAACUCAGGUCAACCCAGCACACUUGCUAGAAAAUAAGACCGAAGAUAUUAUACGGUUAACAUGGAUUAUUUAGGAGAUUAUUUGAUUGGUAGAUUUAUUAAAAAUAUGUUAAGUUAUUAGUUAUCUUUCUUGAAAUGUUGAGUCAUUCUCCCUGGUUUUCAAAGGGUACGGGUAUUGA